AGAUUUGGUUCCCUCCCUUAUCCUAUUCCCUCGUGUCAUGGCGCUUCUCCUGCGCCUCGCUGCUCCGUCGGUGCCGCCCCGGCGGAGCUCCGGCCUCAGAGCAUUGCCGCGCGUCGUCCUUCCGGAGGUCGUUUCCAAACAAUCAUUUCUUCGUUUACUAGUUGACAGCACUGCAAGUAUGCCCUGUCCUAUUAAGUGUUCUGCGGCUCGGUGUGCCCCAUCAUUGACUGAACACAACGAUUCUAGGAAUAAUGGCAUCCAUGCAUCUAGUGUAUAUGGACAUGAUCUCAUGAAGUCCAUGUCUGAUCUCCAGGAAGUUGUAUUUUCCUCCUUUAGCAAAGCAUGUCUUCUCAGUAGUUGUAUCAUAUAUGGUCUACCACCCAGUUGUAUAGCAGAACCAUGUGAGCAAGAAUACUUUCUCCCUAACAUGCCUUUGCUGUUCGCAAUAGCCAUGGUUGGUGCUACUGUUGGAGGGCUCCUUGCGAGACAGAGGAGAGGGGAGCUUGCACGUCUAAAUGAUCAAUUGCGUCAGAUAAAUGCUGCAUUGAGAAGACAAGCCAAGAUUGAAUCUUAUGCUCCUGCCUUGAGCUAUGCCCCAGUUGGUAGCAAGAUACCAGAAUCAGAAGUUAUUGUUGAUCCUCAGAAACAGCGCCUAAUUGCAUAUCUCAGGACCGGAAAGAACUAUCUGAGAAACCAAGCUCCUGACAAGGCAUUUCCUGAGUUUAAGGCAGCUCUUGAUCUUGCACGAUCUUUAGGUGAUCAUGUUGAAGAGAAGAAGGCAGCACGAGGAUUAGGGGCAUCCUUGCAAAGACAAGGCAAGUACAAGGAAGCCAUAAAUUAUCAUUCCAUGGUGCUAAACAUCUCCAAGGUGACCGGAGAGGAUGCGGGUGUCACUGAAGCAUACGGAGCAAUAGCGGAUUGCUACACCGAGCUUGGUGAGCUCGAGAAGGCAGGCAAGUUCUACGACAAGUACAUAGCAAGAUUGGAGAACGAAUGAGAAAACAGUGCUGAUUGGCAAAUCUGUGAGAGCAGAAACAAAGACAAGGCUAAUCAUAUCUCUACUCUUGUCGUCAUGUAUUCUACUAUAGAUGUGCAGUUCCCAGCUGGAACUGAUGUUUGUUAUCAUGAUUCAAGUUUCUUUUUGGCAGAAUUAUCCCAGAUGUUUAGGUACAGAUCAGUAUCAUGCUGUGCACGUAGUUGUUUUGUUAAUUAGGGUCUCAAUGGUCCGUACAGGCAUUCAUGUCAAUCUGCUAGUUGCGCCGGCUUAAUUUUAUAGUUUUGCU